CGAGGAUCAGCUGGGGGCAGCAAUAAACAGAAGGAAAAAUCUGCAGCGGAAAAUAUAAAAGAGAGUAGGGGGUAAAAAGCUGCAGAUGUUAUGAUCUAAAAGAGCAUCAGUGUAAAAAUUUUUACACGAAGAUCUUCUUCUAAGAAGAAAGCCUUUUAUUUUUAUAUCAUGGUGUUUUAACUACCUCACUUAAAGACUAUCUAAAGCUGUGCUUUAAGAAUUGUUGACGUUUCUACUGUGUUUGAGAUCUCGUUUACAACUUGAAUAACAUUGCAAAGGCAGGCCUUUGCUCCAAACCAAGUGAAACCUUACAUUUGCACUACUGAAGCCUGUCCACUCCUGUUUGUCAAAACCAAGAUCCAGCAAAGGGCUUCAAGUUCAUAAAAGAAAAAAAAAAAUCACACAUAGAAUUGCAUAAAACAGCAACAAGCAAUUCGCUGACACAAAUAAGAGAUUAACAAAGGCAGCUACAGCUUUUUUCUUCGUGGACGACAACAAAACAGCAACUGAGUCAUCAACACUCGACAAUACAAGCAGUCAUGUUCCAGCGUUUAAGCAACUUGUUGUUUGGGGAAGUUGAGGAGGUGGCAGCAGAGCUGAAGGGACCCAAGCCCUGUGUGACGGAGGCAGACGAGGAGGGAUGGAUGAUCGUCAACCUGCCUGAAGAAUCUGACUGCAUGAUGCAGGCGGAGGAUGAGACAGCAGCCCCAUUAAUCGCACAAUCAUGCCCAGAUAGUAACCAAUCAAAUCAUCAAGACACACAUACAAGAACUGAAUGCCCCGCCCCCGUUCUCAAUGUGCCUCACAAGCGCCGCAGGACACAUAAAGCUCGGGCUAGAGGUGCAGUAGCAUCAUCAGACCCCCUUGUUUGUGAAAGCGUUAGCCCGUCAAAUUUGGGUGCCACUACACCAGUGACCCCAACGAGACGGGACAGACUGUCCACGCCCUCUUCCACCCCGUCAGUAUCCCCUGGCUCUGGAAGUGAGUGUGGGGGCAGUGGGGGUAGCAGUAGGUCAGGCCCAGAGAGAGGCUGCAUGGAUGAGAGUUGGUUUGUCACCCCUCCCCCCUGUUUCACUGCAGAGGGAGCCACAGCAGAGGCCAGCCCGAUGGAGGACCUGCUCAUCGAGCACCCCAGUAUGUCUGUGUACGUCUCCUCCAACAACCUUUCCAUGGUUUCCAACGGCAACCUGUCUGUGGUGGGAGAGGAGAGCAUCAUCAGCCUGGCGAGCAGCGUGAGCAGAGUGGCUGAACCAGCUGCUGUCCCCGCCACCCACGGCAGCAUGCCCACCAGGGUGGCCCGUGGAGCUGCAGCCCAGGCUGGAGCUCUUGCCAAGGUUACCCAAGUGGCGAGGGUCCAGCGUAGCAAAGCUCGCAUCGAGCGGCGCCAUCUGAGCCGCAACCGCAUCCACCGCCAAAACCUCACCAGGGAGCAGGUCCCCCGCCACGCAGUCCACACCAGAAACUCCUUCCUUCACCAGCCCAGCAAGCGUAACUUCUGCCACUAAAACUCCCUGCAGCCAGGGGGCAUCGUUUACUCUGAGGGCAUUAGUCGUGCUUAGUCAACUCCAAGAAACACAAGAUUAAAUGAAUUCACCCACAGCAUAUUCGCUUCACAUUAUGUCAAGUUAGGCUCAGAUAACAGUAGACAAGUAGCUCUUUUUGACCCAAAAAGGCUCCACAAGCUAGUUUAAGACCCAUUCUGCUGUUACAAAGCAGGCCCUCUGAGUAGAACUGCAUAGACUUCUAUCAUGCUUAAUGUCCAUUGCAGUAUCCAAACAACAUAAAAAGUCUUCAAGAUAUUUAUCCAGUUUUACUUAGUAACAAUAAUAUCUAAAAAAACAACAAAAAAGUUAAGCUAUUUUGAUUUUUUCUCCUAUCUUAGUAGACUUUUUUCUUCUUUCACUAUUCCUCAAGGCAUGUUUUAUUAAUUUAAUCCCUGAAACUCUUACUUACAUUUCCUAGAUAAUGAUUUGAGGCUUAAUAACAAGAACUUUCUAGUGGAAACAAUGCAGCAAAGAGACAUAUUAUGCUUUGUAGAAAAAACAUCCCAUGUCUUCUAAGCUUUUUAUCACAUGGGAUUAUGUUUCUUUUGAGGAAAGGUGGAAUGUGACAAGUGUGAGAGUAAAAUCAUUAGUUUUCCUCACAGAUUGAUCAAGAAGUCAUGGGGCAACCUAUGUCAUAAUUGGAAACUAAAAUGAUAUUUCUCUCAGCUUGCUUUGAGAAGGUUGGGAGGACGUAGAAGAUGGUGAGAGAUGAGCAAAACAGACUAAAGAGUAAAGAUAUAAAUUAGAGCAAGAUAGUUUUAAAAAGAAGGGGCCUCAUUCACCAUUAUUUUCUUCAGAUUUCUUAAAUUGGUUAGAUUCAUGACAUGUUUUUUAAAUUGAUGAAUGUCAUUUACUUGUAAGCUGGAAGCUUGUGCAUUUUUGUCCUAGUUAGCAUCAAGACACACCCCUCUAUGCCCAGUGCAUGAGACUGCAUGGCUGCAAACACAGAAGGCAAACGGGAGUGAGAAAAGAAGUAAUGGACGUCAGUAAAGGCCAAUUUAAAAUAAACCAUGAAUACCAUAGCUCUCUGGACUCCAACUAUUUUCUUGUCUUAGUCUUUAAAUUAAGAUAGUGGUUAGUUUGCAUCACAUUUUGGUCAUCUUAGCCCCCCAUAGUUUUUGUCUAGUUUUACUAGGUGAAAACUCAAACUAUUUUAGUCUAGUUUAAGUCGAUAAAAAUUCCUAGAAGCAUGUAUGCAAGAUGAAAUAAAAUUAUUAAGUUUAAGAAAUGGCUGGCAUUUUUUUCAAAUGGCUUUUAUUCUUAAAGCUGUCAUACAGAAAAUGCUUUUAAACUAGGGCUGUCAAGAUUAAUCAUGAUUAACUAAGGUCCUCAAUUAGUGUGCAAUUAAAAAAAACUGCAAUUAAUUGUGUGGCUUAUUGUCCCUUUCAAUACACUUUUGUUUAGCCACCACAGCCACAAUAAGUCCACCACUGCUCCUUAAUGUCUCUUUUCACUUUGGAAAAGUCAAACAGCUCAGUGGGCCAAUCAAAAGUCAAAUGCACCUUUUGUCAUCAAACAUUUACCUUUUUACAGUAUGCUUGAUUCAUUUUCAAUCCAUAACAAGGUCUUUUCUAUGGUUAAGUUCUUCGAUCUUUCUAAAAAGCAGGUCGGUAUCCAACAGGAAGACAAUUACCCUUAGUUGAAGACAGUAAAAAAAAAAUCAUGAUGACAUAAAAACAGUUUUGAAUAAAGAGUAAUGGAAUUUUAAAAUGUGAUAUAAAAAAGGGAAGUGAUUAGCCAUGAUUAACUAAAGAAAUUCUGAGAUUAAACACAGUUUAAAAUCUUUUGACAGCUCUAUUUUACACAUAUUUUAAUACCUGUGUGUGAAGUUGAGUUUUUAUUGUUUUAGACAGGAUGUCAUUUUAAAUUCUAUAAUUUUGUUUCUUCCUUAAUUUGAAAUAUUUUGGUAGUGACAAGUGACCCUGUUAGAGAUCAGCACUCAAAUGUGUGUAAGAGUGACCUCUAGUGUUUUAAGAAUAAACCACAGGUGAGAAAUCUGGUCAAUGUCAGAACCUUCUAAAAACUGGUGAAUGAGGCCCGAAAUGAUGAACAUGGAAAGGUCGUAGGAAAGUGUUUUGUAACCCUCUGAGCUUGUUUUAUUCUAAAAUGGCUCUUGUUUUGCAUAUUUUAUACCUGAAUAAGGCUAUUUCAGUUCAGGCAAGAGGAUGCUGGCCUUGCCUUUGGGUUACAGGGAAUGGAAGGUGAUGGUAAGUUCAUGGUGGUUUUGGUGGCAACUCUUUAUUUUGUUUUGUUUGUUUUCUGCUCAAUUUCUCUUAUGAUUUGUAACAUUAUUUAACUGUCUCUGUCUGCAUUGUUCCACCAAAGAAAGUAAAGCAAGCAUGUACCUGAUAGACGAAUACAAAGUACAUGCAAAUAACAAAUAAUCAUCGACAUAAAGUGUGGUCUGUAAGCUUAAGUAAUGUGCCCGGCACACAUCGGCCAUUUUCAUCCGAAAGUGUGUGCCGUGAUAUUCAUUUAAACACCAAAAAGAAAGUGUAUGGCCUUUUCACACAUUAACCUCAUUCUCUUUAAAAGCACUGACAACUGUUGGGAGAAAAGAGGCCAAAAUGUCUCCUUUAAAGCCUAACAACCCCCAUCCGUCCCCCACAGCACAUUCAAAACUAUCAUCUUAACACUGGAUGUGCCGUCUCCACCUACUCUUAAACUUUCUGACCUAUCCUCUUCAUCACAUCCAGCACGAGCAGUGUCCACGUAAAGAUCUAGCUUACUGAUAUGUAUUCAACAACAAUAGUAAACAAUGGUGCUGAAGUGUAUACUAAUGUUUGUAAAUUAUUUGAGACAUGGAUGUAAGUUUGCACUGUCAUACAGUUUGUGAGUCAAAGUUUUAGCCGUGUGCUGUGUGCUUGUUUUUUUUUUUUUUUGUUUGUUUCUUCUGUGGUAUUUUUUUUCUUUUGGUUUUGAUUUUGUGUGAGAAGGUGUACUGACACGUUAAAGGCUAGAAAAUCCUUAAAAAAGACUUAAAUAAUGUUCAUUUAUUUGUCUUGUAUAUAUUACAAAAAAAUUCACAGCGCUCCAGUAGAUGUUGAAGCCUCCCUCAGGACUUGAGUCCACAACAUUGUGUUCAAUAGGACGAACAAGAACCCUCUCUCUGCCUCCCCUCUGUGCUCAUUAUCAAGUCAAGAGGGCGUUUCAGCAGGUCGAACGCGGCGUAUUUGCCCCGACCUUGGUCUCAUCACUCAUGAGUAUUUCCACAAGCUGAUGUGCCAUGGGCAAACAUUGCCCUCCAGAGGGUCCAUGUACCACAGCAUUGGGUGCUAGUGUGAAUUCGGUGCAAUGUUAUGGUCGUCAUUUAAGUUGUGCUAGAGGACAGGCUGAAAACCCGGGGGGUUAUUUGGAUUGUAUGGGAAUGUUUUGUAUCAUUAAAAUCAUUCUGAAUGGAGAUAUUUUACUUCUGCUUGAAUCACAUGCCACAAUGCUUUCAUUUCUGCCAAUAAUCUGACUCUGCUCUAUUCAACAUCUGCCAUUAUCUGUUAAUUUAUUCUAUAAUUAUGAGAGUUAUUUUUCUGUUUAUGUAUUCUUUUGACUCCUCUGAAUGAUUCAGAUGGAUCUGAGGUGAUUACUCCUCGUUCACACAUGUAAACCGAUCUUUAGGCUCUCUCACUGCCCAGGCAAAUAUUUCUAUGUUUCUGAAUUGCCUGUUGUAAUAAGAGGGGGAAAAACAGGGUUAUGCAAAUUAAAGGAUCAAAAGUGUGUGUAAAAUGUGUAAAUCACCCCAGAUACACAUCUACCACUGCAGAAAUGUCCUGUUUAUGCUUCAUUUUCCUUGUUUUUCUGUUGAGUCAUGUAAAAAGGAAAUAUGUUGUGAGUAUAUAAUGAGUGAUUAUUGUAUGGUGUGGUAUAUGACUGAGCGUGACAACAACGGGGAGAGGGAGCUGUCACCUGGUGUGUGGAGCCUAAAUGAUGUGGACAGGGAAAGCAAGAGGUUGAAUAGUUCUAUAAAUAUAUAUAAAAAUGGAAUUAAAUGUAUUAUUUAAGUCAAAUAGAAUAUGCUUGUAUUUUCCCAUAUUGUCAUUAGAACACUGAUAGGAUGUUUUCAAAGAAAGGCUCUGAAUGUCUGGGGAGUUUCACUUUUUUUUUUUUUUUUUUUUUUUUUUUUGCUUUUUUUGUGCCCUGAAAUGAUGGCAGCUUAAAAACACUUGGGGUUUCACCCAUGUUA